UAGACGCUCGAUGCAAGCACGGACGCGAUCAGUUGCAUGGAAAAUUAUUCCCGAGGUGCUACGGAUCUUCGUUAUCUUCUUUGUUCAUUUCGCGGUCGAGUGUGUUUCUCUUCGAUAGCAGAAGGAGGAAAAUCGAAUGGGCGAUACUUUGCAGAUAUUUUUCGCGAUCAGACUGGCGGCACAGAAAAACUGAAUGGAGGCACCGGCAGUUGGACGCUUUAAAAUCCUUGCGUUGUUGACGAUAUGGCUGGUCCAGCUUGCGGUGCCCGGCGCCGUCGCGUCUUACAGCAUCGGGGUGGGCAGAGCGGAUGCUACCGGACCCGCUGCUGAAAUUGUUUUUAUGGGCUACGCGAAGAUCGAUCAGAAAGGAUCAGGAAUACAUCUUCGAACAUUCUCCCGCGCAUUCAUCAUCGACGAUGGCGAGGAGAGGUUCGUCUUCGUUAGCGUGGAUAGCGCUAUGAUAGGAAACGGCGUUCGUCAAACGGUGUUGCAGAAUCUUGAAAAAGAGUUUGGCAGCCUAUACACAGAGAAAAAUGUGAUGAUCAGUGCAACUCACUCGCACUCCACACCCGGUGGAUUCAUGUUGCACAUGUUGUUCGAUAUUACGACAUUCGGUUUCGUUCAAGAGACCUUCGAUGCUAUGGUCAAGGGAAUCACGAAGAGUAUUCAACGUGCUCACUAUGCCAUAGUUCCAGGCAGAAUAUUCAUCACCCAUGGAGAAGUUCAUGGUGUGAACAUUAAUAGAAGUCCAUCCGCUUAUCUAAACAACCCAAAAGCAGAGAGAGACAAGUACAAGUACGAUGUGGACAAGAUUAUGACACAAAUACAAUUUGUCGGAGCUGACAACAAGCGAUUGGGUGUAAUUAAUUGGUUCGCGAUUCAUCCAACUAGUAUGAAUAAUACUAAUCGUCUAUUGUCCAGUGAUAAUGUUGGCUACGCCUCGAUUCUUUUCGAGAAAAUUAUGAAUAACGAUUCGUUGCCUGGCAAGGGCCAAUUCGUAGCAGCCUUCGCCUCCAGUAAUCUUGGCGAUGUUUCACCGAACACACGUGGCCCGAAAUGUGAAUUUUCUGGCGGUAACUGCUCCGAGCAAUACACUUGCCCCAGAAAAAAGGAGAUGUGUUUUGCUUCUGGGCCAGGAAAGGACAUGUUCGAGAGCACCAGUAUCAUUGCCAACAAGAUCUUCAAAGAAUCAUGGCGUUUAUGGCAGUACGGGGACGCCAAGGAAGUGAUCGGACCCCUCCGUGUGGUGCAUCGCUACGUGAACAUGGUGGAACAGACGGCAGAAUACUACAAUGAAACCACCAGAAGAACCGAAACUGUUCGUGGAUGUGAACCAGCGAUGGGAUACAGUUUUGCGGCGGGAACGAUCGACGGUCCUGGGUCGUUCUCGUUCGAACAAGGCACAACCACCGCGAAUCCCAUGUGGAAUGCAGUCAGAAACCUCUUAGCAGCUCCUACGACUGACGAUGUGAAAUGUCACGGUGCAAAGCCAAUUCUACUUGCCACUGGACGCAUGCAUAUUCCGUACGACUGGCAACCGAAAAUCGUAGCGACGCAGGUCGCGUUAAUCGGUAACGUUGUCAUCGCUGGCGUGCCAGGAGAAUUCACAACAAUGUCCGGAAGAAGAUUGCGAGAGGCUAUCAAAACGGUCAUGAACGAUGCGUCCGACGACGAAACGUCCGUUAUAGUCGCCGGCCUCUGCAAUACCUACAGCGAUUACAUCACUACGCCGGAGGAAUAUCAAAUCCAAAGAUACGAAGGUGCGUCCACGAUAUUUGGGCCCCAUACCCUAACCAUUUACUUAAAACAAUACCAAGAACUCGUCACGUCCGCCAUUCUUAAAAAGGAUGUAGAUCCUGGUCCAACGCCUCAGGAUCUAAGAAAGAAGAAUCUUCUCACGUUCGUCACUCCUGUUCUCUUCGACACUCCAAAAUGGGGCAAAAAUUUCGGUGACUGUAUUAAACAACCGCCGAAACUCGCCAAACCAGGCGAUAUCGUCAGUGCAGUAUUCGUUGCUGGCCACCCACGUAACAACCUGAUGACAGAGAGGUCGUAUCUGACGAUCGAGAGGCUAACCGACGAUGAGGUAUGGGUGCCAGUUGCCACUGAUGCCAGUUGGGAGACUAGGUUCCAGUGGCAGAGGACGUCGAUGGUUCUCGGUUCCAGUCAAGUGACCAUUACGUGGCAGGUCCCGGAGGACAUCAAAGCUGGUGAAUAUCGUAUUAGGCACAACGGAUACUACCGUUAUAUCCUUGGUGGCAUCUUCCCUUACUACGGCGUGUCCAACCACAUCCAGGUUAUACCUAGUGGCUUGAGCUGCUGCAAAAGGCUGUACUACGAAUAACCACGCCAUGAUAUUUCAGCCCCAAAUGAAAAUGCUUACGCUUAAUUCACCACUGAAUGUAGGAAUAAUUCAACUGUGAAGGCCAUACCUAUAUCGCUAUUUUUAGUUUUGUACAGUGCUGUACCAUAAUAAUAUACCGACGUGUGAUCUCUUUAAUAUAUAGAUAUAUUAAUAUUGAAUAGAACGUAGAAUUAGCUUUUAAUUAAAUUUAAUUAACGAAUCAACGUGAUCGCGAAUAAACGGAUAAUUUAUACAAA